GAGCUGGGGUCCCAGAGCUUGAGUUCCCAGUUAAGGACAGUUUAUUGUAGUCAAGUGUGUGCGGGCAGACUGUCAAAGGAACACGUUUGCUGAAAUCUAAAUAUAUCUGGCUAAUAUUAGGGUAAUGCAAGUCGGUGGGUGGAGGAGAGGCGUGAAUAUCUCAUCACACUCACACACAAAAAGUUUCUUUUUCCCCCAGCUCGCUGCUCCUACUUUGACUCUGCAUUCAAGCUCGGUCAAGUCUAGCUCUGACCCUUUGUACACCGCCCUCUGAUCGCCACGGGAGGACAGUUCGGACGAUGGGUCACUGUGGAAGUUUACCAAGGGCGCUUGCCGCUACCCUGCUCUGUCUGUUAGCGCUGCAGCCCAGCCCUGGACUUGCCAAAAGUUUCCGUGUGAAAGUAGCAGAUAAAAACGAUGACUAUGAGUAUCAGCUGGUUUCAUAUUCAUCACCACACCAGAAGAACGAUCGAUGCCCCCCUCCUCCACAGGCUUUGCCAGACAGAGCCUGUGAUGUUCCCAGCUGCAGGUCGGACUCUGAGUGUGAAAGACACAAACGCUGCUGUUAUAAUGGGUGCAUUUAUGCUUGUUUGGAAUCUGUAAAGCCACCACCAGUUCUAGAUUGGUUGGUGCAACCAAAGCCCAGAUGGCUCGGAGGCAAUGGAUGGCUACUUGAUGGACCAGAAGAAAUACUUCAAGCUGAAGCCUGUAGUACCACAGAGGAUGGAGAUGAACCCCUGCAUUGUCCCACUGGCUAUGAGUGUCAUAUCAUAAAUCCCGGGAAUCCAGCAGAAGGAAUUCCGAACAGAGGGCAAUGCAUAAAGCAACGAGGAAAUAGUGAUGGACGCAAUUUAAGACCGAAAAUGUACAAGGACUAUAAGGAUUAUUUUGGAACUAGUUCUAAUAAUGCUGUUGGCUACAAAAAGCACCACUAUAAACAUCUGGGGUAAAGUUGCCAAUGUGAAGGUACAACAAGAUCUGAUUUAAGAACAUAAUGUGAUUAACAGCACACUACUUGUAACUCUGCAACACUCUCAAUUGUUGUAAAAAUAUCAGUAACUUGGAUCGUUACUCACAACGAGUCACGUAGACCUCAUCAUUAAUUGCUUAUCAAAUAAAAGGCCAGAAUUUGCUGACAAAAUAAUUGAGAGCUUAAUUCACAUAAUGUCAUUAGUACGUAAAAUCUCCAUCAAUUUAUGGCAAGGAAGGGAUAGACCAUGAGCUGCGAAUUGCCGCAAAUUGCUGGAUGGUUAACUGUACAUUUCCCUUUAAACGUCAAAAAUGACAGCAUUUGUAAUAUGAAGAUGAAUUAAGCCAUUGGCAGGAAGUUGUGACUGCGUGAGGACCUCUUGAAUGGAGUAAUUCAUGUAUCCGGUGGUCUUCCACUUUAUAGCCAGUUUGCAAUUAUGUUGUUCUGUACUUGUCGUAAAAAGCACACAUUCAGAAUGUAAAUUGAACUGAUCUGUUUCGCUGAUUAAAACAGGUGUUGUGGAUUCUUGCUGGGAGCAAAGUAUAUGUUUAACUUCAAGUCAGCCUGCUAUGGUUUAGAGUUAGCACUCCCCUAUCCCAGCCCUCCAACCAGUUCAAAAUAUCUGGGGUUCUUGUGGUACAGUUGUAGGGCCUUGAGCCAGGAGACCCAGGUUCAAGUCUCACCUGUUGUCAGAAAUGUGCAUAAUAAUAUCUCUGGACAAGUUGAGUGAAAAAAAACAAAUCUGGGCCCACUAAUUUCCAAGAAAGAAAAUUAACCAUGCUAUUUCCAAAUGUAACAGAAUAAAAUAUAUGAUUUCCAUACAUAGCAACAGCUGGUUUCAGUCCACUCAUAAAUUUAAAUUAGCAAACAAUCCCAACCAUGUGCAAAAGGAUGUCUGUUUCAUCUCACAUGGUCCCGGGACAAAAUUAAACUUGGCACUUGUACAUGUAUUCUUUGCUGUAAUUCAGUGAUUUUUAUAACUUUAUUGUUAUAGCAGAUGGUCAAACUGCCACUUCACAGCUUUGAUAACCAUUUAAAUUUCAUUGGUUGGGGAGGUAGAAAAUUGGUUUCAUUAUACAUCAAGGUUCCAACUGCUCCGCAACCCUGCUGGAGUGCUGUUUAACUUGUGCCAUCAAUAAUUGGCAACAUGAAACAAUUGGAGCUUAAGCAGGAGGUAAAUAAUCCAAAUCUCGGCAUUCACCAAACUUUCCACAGCAGCAAAUUCUGGGCCAAAGAAUUUAACCACAUUGAAAGUAAUUAUUUGCAUCGUAAGUUGAUAAGAUGAUGUCCAAGAUUUUACAAUUUUAAUAAUGGCAAAACUGCCAGUGUUUGUGCUCAGAAUUGAACAAAACUAACAACAACUUCUGUAUAUGUAAUUAAACCCAGACAUCUGAAGUUACUGUCAGUGUUUUGUUA